GUCGGCCGGGGAGACAGCCUCCCCUCCGCUCUCCCGUCACAUUUAUGGACGAGCACCUGAGCUUGCUGCGCUCGCCGGCCGCCCUGUCCUCUUGCAGGCACCCGAGGGGCGGCAGUAGCGGCGGCGGCGGCGGCAUCGUGGGGAGCAGCCACCACAACUUGGGCUACAGUGAGCAGUUCUUCCCCGAAGACGUGCUGUCCAGCCCGGAGGAAGGGCAGGAGGAAGAGGAAGAAGAGGAGGAGGAAGACGACGACGACGACAACAACGACGGGGAGCUAGAGGGUGGCAUGACAGUGGUAGCUGGAGAGGACCCUUUGCUCGAGGAGACCCAGCAUCCCCAUGCCCUGCUGGGCGGGGAACGUUAUGACCACCACCCGAUGGCCCACACCCUGCCUCCCCCCAGCCAUCACCAAGUGGGCAAUGGUGGGGAUGCAGAGCACGAGUGUUGCGAGCGGGUGGUGAUCAACAUCUCAGGUCUGCGCUUCGAGACCCAACUAAAGACGCUUGCCCAGUUCCCUGAGACGCUGCUGGGAGACCCCCGCAAGAGGAUGCGCUACUUUGACCCCCUGCGCAAUGAGUAUUUCUUUGACCGCAACCGGCCCAGUUUUGAUGCCAUCCUCUACUACUACCAGUCUGGAGGCCGCAUCCGGCGCCCUGUCAAUGUCCCCAUUGACAUCUUCUCAGAAGAGAUCCGCUUCUAUCAGUUGGGAGAGGAGGCUAUGGAAAAAUUUCGAGAAGAUGAAGGUUUCAUCCGUGAGGAGCAGAGACCUCUGCCCGAGAAGGAGUUCCAGCGCCAGGUGUGGCUCCUCUUUGAGUACCCAGAGAGUUCUGGACCAGCUCGGGGCAUCGCUAUUGUCUCUGUCUUAGUUAUCCUCAUCUCCAUUGUUAUUUUCUGCCUAGAAACCUUGCCUGAGUUCAGAGAUGACCGUGACUAUGAUAGCACCACAGGGACAUUUCGGACUGCAACCUCCAUGGUGUCAUCUUUCACUGAUCCUUUUUUUGUAGUGGAGACUCUGUGUAUCAUCUGGUUCUCCUUUGAGCUGCUUGUCCGUUUCUUUGCUUGUCCCAGCAAGCCAACCUUCUCCAAGAACAUUAUGAACAUAAUUGACAUUGUGGCCAUUAUUCCUUAUUUCAUCACCCUGGGUACGGAGCUGGCAGAGAGGCAGGGGAAUGGUCAACAAGCGAUGUCUCUGGCCAUUCUCAGGGUCAUCCGGCUAGUCCGAGUGUUCCGUAUCUUCAAGCUCUCUCGGCAUUCCAAGGGGCUGCAGAUCUUGGGGCAAACCCUCAAGGCCAGCAUGAGGGAGCUGGGCUUGCUCAUUUUUUUCCUCUUCAUUGGAGUUAUCCUGUUUUCUAGUGCUGUCUACUUUGCAGAGGCUGAUGAUCCCACCUCGAGUUUCAGCAGUAUUCCCGAUGCCUUUUGGUGGGCUGUAGUGACCAUGACUACAGUGGGUUAUGGGGACAUGCACCCGGUCACUAUUGGAGGCAAAAUAGUAGGGUCUCUUUGUGCUAUAGCUGGGGUGCUGACCAUUGCCUUGCCUGUGCCCGUGAUAGUCUCCAACUUCAACUACUUUUAUCACCGAGAAACAGAAGGUGAAGAACAAGCCCAGUAUAUGCAUGUAGGAAGCUGCCAGCAUCUCUCCUCCACUGAGGAGCUGAGGAAGGCUCGUAGCAAUUCCACUCUCAGCAAGUCAGAAUACAUGGUGAUAGAAGAGGGAGGCAUCAGUAACAGUGCAUUCAAACAGGCUGCCUUUAAAACAGGCAACUGCACAGCCACAAACAAUCCCAACUGUGUGAAUAUUAAAAAAAUCUUUACAGAUGUUUAAAAUAUACCUUUUAAGGAUCUAUACAAAUAUUACAGAAGGUCUCCAUCAUCCGUAUUGUGAGGAACAUGCACCAUCAUCAGUCUUUGUGCUCUUGUUUAAUACGUGUACUUUUCUGAUCCUUCCUUGUGAAGAUGGGGAUUUUUAGAAGGUUUAAAAAAAACCCUCACCAAGCAGAUGUUAAGA